AUGUCGUUCGACGAGGAAGAAGAUCAGACCUUCGAGCACACCAUUCUGGUGGUGCGCGAGGUCUCCGUCUACAAGAUCCCACCGCUAAACACAUCCGGAGGCUACAAGUGCGGCGAAUGGCUCCAGUCCGAUAAGAUCUGGAGCGGUCGCCUCCGUGUCGUGUCUUGCAAGGAACGCUGCGAGAUCCGUCUCGAGGAUCCCAUCUCCGGCGAUCUCUUCGCCGCUUGUUUCGUCGAUAACGGAAGGCGAGACAACUCCGUCGAGCCGUGUCUUGAUUCGUCGAGGUACUUCGUUCUCAAGAUCGACGACGGCCGUGGGAAGUACGCGUUCGUCGGGGUAGGAUUCGGUGAGAGGAACGAGGCGUUUGAUUUCAAUGUUGCGUUGUCGGAUCACGAAAAGUACGCUAUGAGGGAGAAGACGGAGAAAGAGACUGGAGAAAAUAGUGAGAGCGAUGAUCAUAUUGAUAUUCAUCCUGCUGUUAACCACAGAUUGAAGGAAGGUGAAACCAUAAGAAUCAAUGUGAAAACCAAACCAACGAGCAGUGGAACCGGAAUGCUCACAACGGCUCUGUCAGGUAAUGAGAAACCUAAACCACUAGGGCUUGCACCACCACCAGGUGGCAUUGCUAAAAUCAGGUCUCCUUUACCAGCACCGCCUCCAAACGAUUCCGUAACAUCUGAUGGUUGUAAGGAAUCAUCUGAGAACAAUCCACUCUCUGAUUUUUCUCAGCUCAAGGGAAAUCUUCCUUCAACCAAUUCGGGAGAAGCUGAGUCUGGAUGGGCAGCUUUCUGA